AUGGAAAAUCACUCCACAUCAAAAUCACUUCCCCUGCUCACUCUCCACCUCAUCAUACUCCUUUCCUUCGCCCUCGUAAAACCCGGGUCGUCGUGCCACCCAACCGACAAACAGGCCCUCCUCGAGUUCAAGAAAAUGAUAACCAACGACCCGUCCCACCUCCUCGAUACGUGGGACCCAAACAACGACUGCUGCGACACAUUUGAGGGAGUCUCGUGCGACCGCAAAACGGGUCGGGUCGUUAGCCUCACCCUCUUCUCGGAAGAUGACCCCGACGACUCUUCCUUGUCCGGAAAACUCUCCCCUUUCCUCGGCAACCUCACUUCCCUCCGAAUCCUCGACCUCAACAACCUCAAAUACCUAAGUGGGCCCAUCCCGACCGAACUCGGCCGCCUGGUUCACCUGAAUUACAUGUUCCUCAACAAAAACAAACUCACCGGCCCGAUUCCAGCCACCUUACGGAACCUGGCCUGUUUACAAAAAUUGGUUCUUGACAACAACUUCCUUGGGGGCCAAAUCCCAUCCGACCUUUUCAUCGGCAUGACCUCACUGACGGUUUUGGGUCUCUCGUUCAAUGUAUUUUCCGGCCCGAUACCUCCGUCGGUCGGGAAAUUGACCUCGCUCGCCAGCCUCGAUCUCCACAAGAACAUCUUCUCGGGAAAUGUGCCCGAAACUAUCGGCGCGCUCAAAAAUCUGACGUACGCUGAUUUUUCCAGCAACCGGAUGACCGGAAAAAUCCCGGAGUCCAUCGGCAGACUUCAUUUGCUCGUUGUUUUGUACCUGAACAACAAUGGCUUCACUGGAGAAAUACCUUUCUCCAUCGGCGAGCUCAGAUCACUGAAGGUUAUCAGUUUGUCGAAAAAUCAUCUGACAGGGCAGAUACCCCCGUCGAUCGGGAACCUGACGGGGCUCAAAAGCCUGCCUUUGGAAAACAAUCAGCUUAGUGGAACACUACCUGAAACACUAGGCCAACUCAUUAGCCUAGGAAACAUUAAUUUCUCUAACAAUCGUUUUACAGGAAAUAUUCCUUCCAGUUUGGGAAAUUUGAAGAAGUUAGAGAGCCUAGAUUUAUCAAGAAACAAACUUUCAGGCCCGAUCCCAUAUACAUUCCUUAAAUUGAAGCUCCUACAGAUUCUUGAUCUGUCUUUCAAUCCUCUAAUGCUCAAUAAAUUUCCCGAUUGGCUUAAAAGUCUAAGCCUUUAUGAACUGCGGCUCGCGAGCACAGGACUCGAGGGAGAACUGCCCAACAGCUUGUCUUUAUUUUCUUCCCUAUAUGUUCUUGAUUUAUCGAGUAAUUCCCUAAAAGGGAAACUACCUUCAUGGAUUGGAAAAAUGACAAACCUUUCCUAUCUAAAUUUGUCCAACAAUCAUUUCGACUCCUCUGUUCCAGUCGAGUUCAAGAACCUCCUCUUCUUAACCGACCUCGAUCUCCACUCGAACAGCCUCUCGGGAAAUUUAAACGCGCUUUUCAAAAAAUCAUCCCAAUAUACGCUUGGGAUGUACUCCUCGAUCGACCUUUCUAACAACAUGUUCAGUCUGCCCAUCGACGAGGACAUCGGGAACAAGCCAGUCAUGAAAUACGUCAAGACUUUGAUUUUGUCCGGCAACCCUUUGGGCGGUAAAAUACCGACAUCGCUCGGGAAGUUGAGGUAUUUGAGGAAGCUCGAGAUGGAGAGAAACAGGCUCGUCGGCGGAAUACCCAUGGAGGUUUUGAAUCUCAUGUAUCUCAAGAGUUUUAAUGUCUCGUACAAUCGUUUGAGUGGGAAAAUACCGGCUCAUAAGGUGUAUAUUCCGGCCUCGGCUUUCGAGGGGAAUGUCGGUUUGUGUGGGGUACCGCUUCCUCCGUACAUCGGGGAAAAGCCCGUCAUGGAAGAAAUUGAGACUUUGAUUUUGUCCCACAACCCUUUAGGCGGGAAAAUACCGAAAUCACUUGGGCAGUUGAGCUAUUUGACGAGGCUCGAGAUGGAGAAAAAUGGGCUCGUCGAUGGAAUACCGAAAUCGCUCGGUAACACAAGCGCGCUCGAGGCUAUUCUUUUGUCGGGGAACGGAUUGAGUGGCGGGAUUCCUAAGGAGGUUUUGAAUCCCGAAUAUCUCGAGAGUUUAAAAGUAUCGUACAAUCGUCUCAUGAGCGGGAAAAUACCGGCUCAUAAGGUGGUUAUUCCGGCCUCGGCUUUCAAGGGGAAUGCCGGUUUGUGUGGGAAACCGCUUCCUCCGUGUAAGUAA